AUGGAUGAUAAACCGCCGUCCGAUUCUCAGGAAGACACACCAUCGCAGCAGCAGCAACGCGACCGAGGGCAGCAGGAUGUCGAGAGCUCGUCGCCGUCGCAACCUGACGAGGACUGGUUCGCCUGGCUCCAGGUCCUGGGCGCGUUCUGCCUCAAUCUGAAUACAUGGGGCCUCAUGAACGCGUUUGGGGUAUAUCAGACCUUCUAUGAGCUUGAGCUGCUCUCGUCAAAGUCCCCGUCGGACAUUUCCUGGAUUGGCUCGACCCAGGCGUUCCUCAUGUUCAUCAUCUCGAUGGUCGUCGGGCCGAUCGUGGAUGCUGGCUACGUGAAGACGCUGCUGGGACUCGGAUCGCUGCUCACGGCGCUGGGGAUGUUCAUGACCAGCCUGUGCACGCAGUACUGGCAGGUCUUCCUCGCGCAAGCGAUCACGAUGGGCCUGGGGUUUGGCUGUCUCUACGUUCCGGCCCCAGCCGUCGUGUCGCAGUACUUCAACAAGAGCACUGCGCUGGCCAUGGGCGCGUCUUCAGCAGGGAGUGCCAUCGGUGGAAUAAUAUAUCCUAUUAUCUUCAGCCGUCUUCAGCCCAGGAUCGGUUUCCCAUGGGCUACGCGGGUCAUCGGGUUCAUCAUACUGGCAACCCAGCUGCUACCUGUCUUGCUGAUGAAACCCAGGUCUAUCCCAACCAAAAGAGCAAAGUAUAGCGUGGUAGAUAAGACCGCGUUCAGAGACAGUCCCUACAUGCUGCUCAAUCUUGGUCUCAUCUUCGGCUUCACCGGCCUGUACAUUAUCUUCUACUAUAUCCAGCUAUACGCUCUUCAGGAAAGCCAUGUCUCACAUGUCCUCGAUUCAUACCUUCUGGUGAUAAUCAACGGGAGCUCUUUAGCAGGGCGAUUAAUACCCGGAUUCUAUGCUGACAGGAUAGGAUCUAUCAACGUGCAGACGAUCGUUGCAUUUAUCAGCGCCCUGCUGACGUUCUGCCUGAUCGCAAUCAAGAGUGCAGCCGGACUGGUGGUUUUCUGUGUCAUCUACGGAUUUUCUGCUGGUGCGUUUAUGGGAUUACCUGCUGCAGGAGUCGUGAAUCUUUCUGCAGACAAGAGCAAGAUAGGUACCCGGCUGGGGAUGACCUUGGCUGUCGUAGGAUGCGGAGUCCUCGUAGGAAAUCCUAUUGCCGGCGCCAUUCUCAAUGGACGCGGAGGCUGGGUUGGACUUAUUUGCUGGUGUGGUGCUUUACUUACGGCUUCAGUUAUUAGUAUGGCUGCUAGCAGGGUGUCCAAAGUUGGUUUUGGCCUCAGACGAGCAAUAUAA